UUGACUUGGUUUCUCUCUCCCAACUAGAUAGCUAGUAUAAAUUAAUUUUAAUUGCCAUAGAGCACUUGAUAUGUCCAAAGCAUCGUUACAGAGAGCGGAGCAGAGAUCUGCGCGCUGUUUGAACUUAAUUUGAAGAUCAAUACAUUCUGGGUUUUGCUUUGAGUCCUACAUCAUCCAAACGUUUCAGGUUGCUUAAUUAAGAUAGUGAAUCAAUAAAAUGGAGAGACAGGGGAAUAAUAACUCAUUUGAAAACAAAACUGCACAAGAAGAUUUGGCACUGUUGAUAGAAAGCGCAGAGCUUCCGGAAGAGUCUAGUGUGAAAGAGCAUUGUAUCUAUAGAGUACCUCAGAAAGUUCGCCAAAUAAAAGAAGCAGCAUAUACACCUCGUGUCGUUUCAAUUGGUCCCUUUCACCAUGGAAAAGAGAAAUUGAAAUUAAUGGAACCACUUAAAUUGGGCUACCUUAAGAGCUUUCUCCAAGGGACUGGGCUAACAUCACAGUAUUAUAUUAGCAAACUCAAAGAGUGGGAAUUAGGAAUUCGGAACUAUUAUGCUGAGAGCAUUCCACUUGAAAGUGAUGUUUUUCUGAAAAUGAUUCUAAUUGAUGCUGGCUUCAUAAUUGAGCUUUUCCUUAGAUAUUGUGACGUGCACAAUUGGGUAAAAAGAGACCCUUUGUUCUUAAAACCGUGGCUCGCAGAGGAUGUUGCCCACGACUUGAUCUUGCUUGAGAAUCAGCUUCCAUUCUUUGUUCUUGAAGGCUUGUUCAACCUUGCUACUGCCAAUUUUGUGACUGCUGAUUUGCCUACCUUUCCUCAGCUUACUUUAAACUACUUUGCGGACCUCAACCCGCAAAAACUACAACCUGAUGGUGUGAGUUUGCGACAUUUCACUGAUCUGCUGAGGAUAUUUUACUUACCACCAAGUGAAAGAUUACAAAAAAGAUCAAAAGUAGGCAAUAUAUUGGACCAUUUAUAUACUGCAAGUGAGCUAGUGGAGGCAGGAUUGAGGUUCAAGGUUGAUAAAACAAAAAAAAGCUUACUUGAGUUACAAUAUGAUAAGGGUGUCUUGACAAUACCACGCCUUGAUGUAUCUGAUAAAACUGAGUUUCAUUUUAGAAAUAUAGUUGCAUUUGAGCAAGAUCAUUACCCUUUUGAGACCUAUAUUACUGAUUACUUAAAAGUGUUGGAUUUCCUUAUCAAUACCAAUAAAGAUGUGGAUGUACUAGUUCAUAAGGGAAUUAUCACUACCUUAUUGGGUGACAACAGUGAAGUGGUUAUUAUGAUUAAUAGUCUCUGCUCGAAUCUCAUCCAGCUAAAUAUGAAUUGCGAGUACCUAUUCAUAUGUAAGCAGUUGAAUGAUUUCUAUGAGAAACCCGUUCGUAAAUGGAAGGCAAGCAUAAUACAUGACUACUUCAACACUGCAGUGAAAACAGCAAGUUCCAUUGCUACUAUUGUACUACUUAUACUUACCCUUGUUCAAACUAUUUGUUCUGUCCUCUCAGUACUCUAUUCUUAGACGGCUUCUAGUUUCAACUUUGAAUUGAUGUUGAAUGUUGGUGUACUCAUCAAAGAGUUCAAGUAGUAUUGUGCAUUUUAUUAAGAAAUAAAACUAUUAAUUAAUUUCACUGAUUUAAGGGCACUGCUUAAGUCCCAACAUUUCAAUGUUAGGCUUUAACCUUUCUUUCUCUUUUCCCCAUUAUAGCUUGGACAGUUGAUUGUGGAGGGUCAAUAGUGAGAUGAUCU